UCCGUCGCUCAGAAAUCAACAUUUGUUUACCGUCUGCUGAAGGAAGAUCAUACCACGUGUUUAGAGCUCGCUGAUUCGGAAGUCAUGGCUGUUCGCUGUCAGUUUGAGGGUUCUAAUGAAAUUGGGGUGUUUACGAGGCUGACUAAUGCAUAUUGUCUGACUGGUGUCGCUGCAUCGUCUAAUUUUUACAGUAUUUUUGAGGAACACUUAAGUGAAGUCAUCCCAGUUGUCCACACUUCAAUUGCAGGAUGCCGGAUUGUAGGGUCCAUGGUAACAGGUAACCGCCAUGGACUUCUUGUACCAAACAGCACAACUGACCAGGAAUUGCAACACAUUCGCGAUCACCUUCCUGAUAAAGUCAAGGUCCAGCGUGUAGAAGAGAGAUUAUCUGCACUGGGAAAUGUGGUUGUUUGCAAUGAUUACGUUGCUCUUGUUCAUCCGGACAUAGAUAGGGAAACUGAGGAGACAAUUCAUGAUAUACUCAAAGUAGAGGUGUUCCGUCACACAAUUGCCAACAAUGUCCUUGUGGGCACCUAUUCAGUCAUUUCCAACCAGGGAGGAAUUGUCCACCCAGCUACACCUACCCAGGAGCUAGAUGAAUUAUCUAUGCUGCUACAGGUUCCCCUUGUGGCAGGUACAGUAAACCGAGGCAGUAAUUCCAUUGCUGCUGGUCUGGCUGUCAAUGAUUGGGCAGCCUUUGCUGGGAUGGACACAACGGCUACAGAACUGAAUGUAAUUGAGAGCAUAUUCAAGAUCAAUGAUGCCUCUCAAGCAGCUAUAUCGACUAACAUGAGAAACGCACUUAUUGACAGUAUGACUUAAAGUGAGGGAAACCAGCCUUCAGUAACAAAAUGUUGAAGAAGCAUUUUGUUGAUAAAGAUGAUGGUAUAUAACAUAUGUUGUUUGUAAUCUAAUAUCAGUGUAAAGCUUUAUGUUAUGUUAAAGGAAAGGAGAAAGAAGAUAUGGGUUUGAGUAUGAUUGUUUCAAGUAUUUGAAUGGAAUCUAUGAAUGUACCUUUCAUCAGUGAUGCCAAUAAGAACAAGAUGCAUUAUAAACCCAAUGCUGCCAGGUGGUUUCCCAAUACGAAAGCCGUCUCUCCUGGGUUGUAUUCAUAGUGGCCUGGGGCCCUCUGCUGGGGGAUCAUGUCAUCACCAUAGUGUGCGCAGCAUGGCAAUACAUGCCCCCGGAAAGUGGGACUGGCACACCAUGUCAUGUAUGCACAUGCCACUGGGAAUAUAGUCCAGGCAUGCCAUGGCAUAUACGUACAUGCCACCCAGCGGCAACAGGUUAAUUUUGGGCUUAUAUAUAAACGUUAUAGAUUUAUAGAAAGUAAAUGUAUCACUGUAUUGGAUUCUUAUGAACACAUAGUAAUCUAUCAUUAACCUGAAAUAUUUACUGUAUACCCAUUAGGCAUAUUGCCUUAACGUAAUUUGUUCCACUUGCUAUGUAUUAUGGCAUUAAAUAUACCAUGUUC